CUCCAUAAGUUCUCGCGGGAUCUGCCGCGAUCUCUCUCUUUCUCUUGCGGCCGCCGUCAUGCCAACCAAGGCAAGAAAGACCAGGAAGCUCCGUGGGCACGUCAGCCAUGGCCACGGCCGUAUUGGCAAACACAGGAAGCAUCCAGGAGGUCGCGGUAAUGCCGGUGGUCUGCAUCACCACAGAAUCAACUUUGAUAAAUACCAUCCUGGUUAUUUCGGAAAGGUCGGUAUGAGACAUUACCACUUGAAGAAGAAUCAGAAGUUCUGCCCCACAAUCAACCUGGACAAGCUGUGGACAUUGGUGAACGAGCAGACCAGGGUGAACCACGCCAAGAACCCUGAGGGCCCCGCACCAGUCAUUGAUGCUGUGCACGCAGGUUACUACAAGGUUCUUGGGAAAGGCAGACUACCCAAACAGCCAGUGAUCGUAAAGGCAAAGUUCUUCAGCCGCCGGGCAGAGGAGAAAAUCAAGGGAGUCGGAGGAGUCUGUGUGCUGGUGGCAUAAACUGUGCAGGAAACAUUAAACUUCCAUUCUUUCCA